AUGAACUUACGUGUAAUCGAUAGCAUGACAGGUGAUAUGCAUGAAUUGCUUAGUGCCGAUCAGAUUUGUCCAACCACAGAUAACUUGGAAGAUAUGCAAAUCGCGUAUCCCUCUGAGUUUCUCAACACCUUGCGUUUUUCUAGGAUACCAAAUCAUAAACUCGAAUUAAAGGUUGGCACCCUGAUAAUAUUGUUGCGUAAUCUUAAUUUGCAACGCGGUCUCUGUAACGGGACACGUUUGAUCAUAACCCAGAUUACCCAUUUGGUUAAUGAGGGAACGAUAAUCACAGGAAGUCAUGUUGGUGAAAAAGCUUUUAUCGAGCGGAUUGAUAUGAAUCCAAUAGAUAUAACAUCAUGGCCCUUCUGA